CUGUGGGUGUAGGGGGCGCGCCUGUGCUUUGUAACGUGUGAAGGUUGUGAACCACAAGGAGAGAAGCUGUGGGAGGGAGAGAGAGAGAGAGAGAGGGAGGGAAGGAAGGAGAGAGAGAGAGAGAGAGAGGAGAGCAAGUUCACAGCCUCUCUCAGAGUCCUGGCCAGGGGGGUACCCACUGCCAUCCCUGACCCCAACCAGUCACCCACACACCCUGCAAACCAACACCAACAAAGGUGCCCUUCAGCCCUGCGGAGCACAAUCCAAGAGCGGCUGAACAUGUCUACGCCAUUUACAAAGGAGUUAGAGAAAUAUCGAGAUGUUGAUGAAGAUGAGCUUCUCACAAAAUUAUCAGAAGAGGAGAUCAGGCAGCUGGAGGAUGAGUUGGAGGAAUUAGAUCCAGAUAAUGACCUCCUACCUGCAGGACUAAGGCAGAAAGAUCAGACAAAAAAGGAACCCACAGGUCCUCUGAAUAGAGAUCAGCUUCUCGAUCACCUGGAGAAAGAAGCGAAAGAGCACAAGGACAGAGAAGACCUGGUUCCUUAUACAGGAGAAAAGAGAGGAAAGCCUUGGGUUGCUAAAGAGCAGCCAGUCCAGGCGGUGCUUGAGAGCGUUACUCUGGAGCCGGAGCUGGAGGAAGCCCUGGCGAAUGCCACCGAUGCUGAACUUUGUGACAUUGCAGCCAUCCUCGGGAUGCACACACUGAUGAGCAACCAGCAGUAUUACGAAGCUCUUGCGAGCAGCACCAUCGUCAACAAGGAAGGCCUGAACAGCAUCAUCCAACCGACGCAGUACAAGCCGGUGCCUGAUGAAUUGCCGAACUCAACAGACGUGGAAGAGACUUUAAAGCAAGUGAUGGAAAACGACCCUGAGCUCGAGGAGAUUAACCUUAAUAAUAUAAAGAACAUUCCCGUAUCAACUUUAAAAGCAUACGCAGACGCUUUGAAGGAUAACACCUACGUGACGAAGUUCAGUCUAGUCGCAACACGAAGUAAUGAUCCUGUGGCUGUCUCUUUUGCAGAAAUGUUGAAGGUUAACAAAACAUUGAAGAGUUUGAACAUGGAAUCGAACUUCAUUACUGGUAAUGGCAUCAUGGCACUAGUGAAAGCUCUCCAGUAUAAUACCUCAUUGAUGGAACUUAAAAUUGACAACCAAUGUCAGCAGCUGGGCAACAAAGUGGAAAUGGAGAUCGCUAAUAUGUUAGAACAAAAUACGACACUUCUUAAGUUUGGCUAUCACUUCACUCAACAGGGCCCAAGGCUUCGGGCAUCCAAUGCAAUGAUGAAUAAUAAUGAUCUCGUGAGGAAGAUGAGACUUGAGGGUCUCAACGGCCCCAUCUUCCCCAGGUGCCGGAUGACUGUCUAAUUACUGUUUGUGACGACUUCAUGCCUUUACAGAGCACACCUUACACUGACGGUUUAUACUUUUUAAGGAGCAUACCUGCAGUCAAAAGUGCCUUCCAAAUUCUCUGUUGUUGGCGCCAUUUUUGUCGUGUUUUGUGAUGGGACAAGGUAACUCGUAGAAAUUUAGUGAGAAGUACAGUGGCAGUUUGUGCAACAGUAGUCUUUACAGUUUGAUGUGCAUUUUGUCUUGUAGAAAAUAGCACUACGUGUAGCAUAAAUCUGUGUUUAAAUCCGAUUAGGGCCAUACACCACUAGAAAAUGUGAAGUCUGAAUGAACAUCAGCUAUCGAUCCACCAUUCAGUUGAUGCGUACAUUUCUACGUGGAUUUGGGGUGAAACUGUAGUAUGUUGUGCAUGAUCAAACCUACUGUAGAAACAUAGAGAUUGCUUUAUUUAUACAACUUGAUACCAGGGAAUUUCCUCAUUGUGUGUGAGCUGCUGCAACGUACUGUAAGAGCACAGAGUUCUUUAGCUGACUUUGUGAGAAAACAUUGAAGUCACGCACUGCCUGAAAAUUGUGCGCAUCACUUACUGUAAGCCGUCUUUUGAGAGUUUGCACAUAAACUAAUACCUACACUGACGCGUGUUGCUUAUGAAAAAGAAAUUCGGAAUAUAUCCCAAACUUGUUGUUGUUUUAAGUGAAAAUGUUUUAACGCGGGUGGAUUUAAAAGCUAAUGGGAAUGGUAUACAAAUACUAGCCUUCGUUUUUGAGUUUGAGUAAAGUCGGUGUGAUGGGAUACGGCCGCUGUUUGGAGUCCGUCACUGAAAAAGUUUUUCUCCGCAGGUGAGAAAGUGCAGAGCAAGCAAUAAUUGAAAUUAUUUAUUUUUUUGGCCGUAUUUGUUUCGUUGCGCUCUGUAAACAAAGCAGGUAUUUUGAGAAUCCACAGCCCAUGUUUUUCAAAACAAUUUUUAAGAAAGAAUAAACCAUUCAGAGUCUGCUCUACGUUUGAAAAUAAACCUGUCCGAAUUUUGAACAAGUCAUCAAAAGAAAAUCAGUCUGGACCAGGUUUUAAGACCAUGUUCAUUUUCAAUUCCUUUUUUUCCCCCGUGAAAUUUGAUGUUGUAUUUCUAAAGCCGGGCCACUUUUAUCGAAGCGCCGAACCACUCUCGGAACCAGACACGAACCUUCGUAAGCAACUCACGUCACUGAAUUGGUUUUGGCAGGUGGAAAAAGCCGUUAACGUACAGAGCAGGCUCUGGUUGAAGCAAUAACUAAAUUACAAGAUUGGUUUUAAAUCUACUCUUAUGGUUUCAAAAGGUAGAAUGUGUUAAUCGUUGCACUUUAGGGCAAGCAAAAUGGUUACAAUUUGGGGCAUUUUGUAGCUUCACGUGCUUUGACAAAGUCAAUAAAAACUUCCUAUUAUACUACCAAA